UAGUGUGAUGUCAACGCUAUUUUUGGUGCUACCCGCCUAGAUUUCUAUUUUCGUCUUCUUCAGGGGCUGGACUUACGAAGUUGCUUGCGACAAACUCUUUCUUUCUCACUCUCUUGUACUACUGACGAUUCUCAUCCUUUGACCCUGGUCCCGUUCCCUGUAAGUCCUUUCACAAACAGCCUAGGCUUCACAGGACGAAUCAUAUCAUUGGCUUUUUUGUUGUUGUUGGAGGAGUAGCCUGUUUAGAAUGUGGAGUUAUUUUGUGACUUAUUCUUACAAGAUGCAAUCACGGCGUCGGGACCUACCCUAGACAAAGACCAACGGGACAGCGUUUUUUCAACAGUGGCAGAGCCCUCAGUGUCGGCGCCCCUGGGGUCAGUCCCAAUGGACCUGCGUGUGACGGAGCGUGUGAUGCGGCCGGGCUCGGACACGGCCCUGCUGACUCCCUUGCACCCUCCUCUGCUCCACAGCCCCUUCUCCCACCAGCCCUGCACUGCUUUCUCACAGCACCAGCUGCACCAGCACAUACGGUUCAACAUGGAACAACGGAGACGUGAGCAGGAGCAGGAGAAACAACAAGAGCUGCAGCAGCUGUGGCACAAGGACAAGAGCCAACAGAGUGCUGUGGCCAGUUCCCUGGUGAAGCAGAAGCUCCAGGAGGUGAUUCUGAAGAAACAGAAACAACAAGCCCUGGGAAGAACCAGCUCCAACCCUCUCAGUGGUCCACCUGUGGGCUACAGGGAGCUGGCUCCAGACCCAAGUGGGACGCCCCAGCCUUUGGUGUCCCCCCCCCCACAGGGUUCCAGAGAGGGCUCAGAUGACACCCCUCUACGCAGGGCAGCCUCAGAGCCCAACCUGAAGGUGAAACACAAGUUGAAGAAACACCUGAACACUCGCAAGAGUCCUCUGACCCGCAAGGAGAGUGCCCCGUCCCCCAUCAAACACCGGGUGCCCGACACUCUGGACUCAUCUCCCAGCAGCAGUAGCACCCCAGUGUCUGGCUGCAGCUCCCCCAAUGACAGUCUACCCAAUGAGAAUGGAGUCCUGCCCUCUGUUGACGGGCUGUCCCAUGAGGUUAUUAUCCGAUUGGCCCAGAGACUACUGCUCCAGGAUGGGUCUCUAGCCCACUUCACCGUCCAGAGUUCCUCUGCCCUACCCACCAUCACCCUGGGCCUGCCAGCCAACGCCAGGAGUGAUGGAGACUUGUCCCCUCUGAAGGUGGGCCGGGCGCCUAUGGUGGCGGGAGGCCAGUCUGUCUACCUUCCCCUGGGGAUGGAGGAGCAGAGUGGGUCGCUGUCACCCCACCUCCAGCCUGUCCUCAUCCUGGAGCCCUCCAGACUGGUCCAUACCCCCAUGCUCGCUGUUCCAGGCCUGGGCACCUUGCCACUACAGUUUGCCCCCCAGAUGGAUCGUCUGGCCCCGGGUGGGGGCCCUCACAAGCCCCUGAGCCGAACCCGCUCAGAGCCGCUGCCCCAAAGCCUCAGAUCCCUACACCCCCUGCUGCAACAGCACCACAACAGCCAACUACUGGAGAGACUUAAACAGCAGACACACCUGGGCAAGCUGAUGUCUAAAUCCAGUGAGAAGCCUCGGCUCAGGCAGAUCCCCUCAGAAGACAUGGACUCUGAGGAGGUGGGGCCAACGCCCAGCGACACCUAUCACGGCCGAGUACGGGUGGAGUCACUGAGGGAAGCGGAGCCUGUGUCUGAUUUGGACAGCCAGGGAGAACAGAUCAAUCUGCAACACACACUCAUACUCAACCAGUCGUUGUUAUGGGAGAAACAGAAACAGCUGCAGCAGUUGCGUCGGCAGACAGCCCACAUGGAGACGCUGGCGGUACCCAUGAUGCUUGGCAGUGCCCACCGGCCCCUCUUCCGUACCCAGUCCUCACCAGCCUCCACCUCCCUCACGCUGCCAGACAAGCCCCUGCCAGUACCCGCCCCAGAACCACAUAGCAAACCACGCUUCACCACCGGCCUGGUUUAUGACUCUCAGAUGCUGAAGCACCAGUGCACAUGUGGUGACAACAGCAGCCACCCAGAGCAUGCUGGGAGGAUCCAGAGUAUCUGGUCACGUCUCCAGGAGAGAGGUCUCAGGGGCCAGUGUGAGACUAUCCGGGGUCGAAAGGCCACUCUGGAGGAGCUGCAGUCGGUCCAUUCAGAGCGUCAUGUCCUGCUGUACGGCACCAACCCACUCAACCGCCUCAAACUGGACAACCGCAAGCUGGCUGGCAUUCUCUCUCAAAGGAUGUUUGUGAUGCUCCCAUGUGGAGGAGUGGGGGUGGACAAUGACACAAUCUGGAACGAGUCUCAUACGUCCACGGCAUCGCGCAUGGCUGCAGGCAGUGUCACAGAGCUGGCCUUCAGAGUGGCCAAGGGAGAGCUCAAGAAUGGCUUUGCAGUGGUGAGGCCCCCAGGCCACCAUGCUGACCCAUCCAACCCAAUGGGUUUCUGCUAUUUCAACUCGGUGGCCAUCGCAGCCAAGCAGCUCCAACAGAAACUGAGUGCCAACAAGAUCCUCAUCGUUGACUGGGAUGUUCACCAUGGUAAUGGGACCCAGGAAGUGUUUUACAAUGAUCCCAGUGUGCUGUAUAUCUCACUGCAUCGCUAUGAUGACGGCAACUUCUUCCCUGGCAGCGGGGGGCCAGCUGAGGUGGGAUCUGGUGCUGGAGAAGGCUUCAACGUCAACGUGGCCUGGACUGGAGGUCUGGACCCCCCUAUGAGUGAUGCUGAGUACAUCGCUGCUUUUAGGACGGUGGUGAUGCCCAUAGCUCAGGAGUUCUCCCCUGAUGUGGUCCUGGUCUCCUCAGGGUUCGAUGCAGCAGAGGGACACCCUGCACCUCUAGGGGGGUACAAGGUCACCGCCAAAUGUUUUGGGUUCCUGACCCGGCAGCUGAUGGGUCUGGCUGGAGGCCGGGUGAUCAUGGCCCUGGAGGGAGGUCACGACCUCACGGCCAUCUGCGACGCCUCCGAGGCCUGCGUCAGCGCUCUCCUGGGCAUUGAGGAGCCUUUGUCAGAGGAGGUGCUGCUGCAGAAGCCCAAUGCUAACAGUGUUUGCUCGCUACAGAGAGUCAUACAGAUACAUGGUCAGUAUUGGCAGUCCCUAAAGACGUUCAGUAGCUCCGUGGGCCUGUCCUUCGUGGGUGCUCAGAGAAGAGACUGUGAGGAGACUGAUGCUGUCAAUGCUCUGGCCUCUCUCUCUGUGGGGGUCCUGACCAGCAAGAGCCUCCCCGACGAGCCUAUGGAGCACGACGACGAUUCCAUGUAAAAGAUGCUGACUUUUGACCUCAGAGACCUCCUCCAGGACGUCCCAAUAGCCUUGGAGAUCCUGCGCUGUCACACGACGAAGGGGAGGAGUGUAGAUUAUGGAACUCUGCCUUAACCAAUGAGACCUUAAAGCCACACAGUGCCUCAAAGACCACUGUCCAUUCUCCUCAGACUGUAUGCAGCGCAACUUAACACAGCGAAGAGUGAACUCAACACAGGGGAACUAAUGUAGCCUGCUAAGCCACACCAAAGCCCUGUCAGUGUAUAUGUGAGAUAAAAGAUGUUCUCUCAAACAACUGAUUAUUUUACUCUGUCCGUGGUCUAGCCCUAGCAAGACAGAGUCAUUUAUAUUGUGUGUAUCCAGAAGGAUACGUCCAUACCAGCCCUGUGCCGUCAUAUUGACCACUCUUUGGCCUUUAAAACAAGUACAGACAUAAAGGACUUGUGGAGGCACUUACAGUAAGGAAAUACUUCCCAGCCAUUGUCUUGUUUCCCCAGUGUCUGUGAAUAAUACAGGCCAUAGAGACUAAAAGAAGAUGUGCCCUUGAAGGAGGGAUUACUUAGCACCAGGUCUGUGGGUGUCUGUUGUUGUGUCAGUGAGCAGAGCAGACCCCAGUCUGUCUGAGGAAGGCCCUGGACAGACAGAGGGAGAGAGAGAGAGAGAGCCUGGAGGGGACCGGCCAGCACCUGGCAACUGUUGAAUGGCUCAGUCGGUCCUCGAUGAUGUCAUUAAUAGUUUAACCACUAAAAAAAUACAAAAAAAUAAGAAGAAAAUGAAGAUUUGGAUGACUGUGGUCUUAUCUGUUGUUUUUGUUUUUGCACUGUGCAUUCCGUAAUGUGAACCGUUGAAAAUUCCAAACCUCGGGGAAACUAAAGUUCGAGAUUAUUUAAUGAUCUGUUCAACUUUGAAGAUUGGAAGAUAUUGUUGUCCUCUAAAAUCCACUCACAUUCUAAAAAGAAGACUUAUGCAUUCUACAUUUCUACCGGCAUGUAUACACAAUGAGUAUUUAUAGAAAGUGCAUUUACGAAAAAAUCCUGUUUGGCCAGAUUGUAUUACAAAUACUUUCCACUGCUGUUCAUAGACAAGUGUCUUUAUAUAUUGUUGGCAGGGACACACACAAACACACACACUCAGAAAGGCAUUGUAGACAUGCACGCUAUUUCCCUUUAUGUCUCACCACUGACAUGAUGAGGACCAAAAUUAUACCUCCUGUCUCGAGGAUAUAUAGUAUACAAACUGGAUGAACUGAAACAAUUAAACCAAUGAAUCUUACGAAGAGCUGAAGACCUACCACUGUUUGGAAGGAAAUACUAGUUCUAUGUUCAUUCCUAUGCCAUUGUAUUGUUUAUGAUGCUAGUCAAAGGCUCUAAUGCACUUCAUGGAGAUCUCCCAAAGAAACCGGUCUUCAAUAUGGCUGCAGUGGGACUGUAUUACUGCAGAUGGACCAGUGUGGUUACGGUGUUACUGUACGUUAAUGUUUGUUUUUGCAGGACCAGAAUUUUGACCUGUGGAUAGACAUUUAUUGUGUACAUUCAUUUGACAGUUCAGUUCCCUUGAUAUUAUCCAAGGACAGUAAUAUCAAGCGGAGUUGAAUACAGUUAAACUGAGUGUAUUAUUUUAUGUGAAAACCUUCUUUAUAGUGUUGCUCUGUUUGUUUCGUGGACCAACCAAAAUACUAUUACUGUUAGCACUAUGGAGGUCAGUGGUGGUCGGUGCCAUUUAAGAUGAGGGAGGACGAUUUCUUUUUUUUAUGAGCUUGGCCUUAUUCUAUUACAGCAUAUUAGAUGGCUGUCAUUCAUAUUCCAUUCACCCAGUUCACUGUAACAGUGAUAGGUUUAGGCUACUUCAUGAUACUCAAAUAUUACCUAAACCCAUCAUGUUGCUACAACCUAGCCUAUGAAUGAAAGUUUACAACGUAGAUGCACACAGGUCAAGAGAAACAUUUGAGGUGACAGACCGUGACACAUUCAAUAUCACCUUGUACACUCUUGUCUGCAUCUCGCUGAUCUAGGGUGUAAUCAUUAGUCCAACAGUUGCAAACAAGUUUCUAUUGGACAAAUUCAGGUAUGUUUAUCUCCAUUUCGUUCUGUUUGCUUCCAUUUAAGAAAUGUUUUACAACAGAAUCGGCAGAAUGAAUACACCCCUAAUCACGCGUAAAUACAGUUCACUUUCAUAGCAGCCACGUUGUAUUCCUUCUCGCAUCUAUGCGCUCUCAUUUUUACAUGUUUUUUUUCUCCUCCUCUCACCUUUCGCUUGUGGACUUCAAUGCACAACACAUCAGCUGAAUGUGACCAGGCAAAAAUAAACUUUCCAUGCCAAACCAUAUCAUAACCGCUACACACAGUCUACAUCGUUGUCACCAUAUUAGCUAAAGUAACGUCAUAGUCAACAUAGCUAAUAUAACUAAUGCGUUAGUAAACCCGCUAUGAUCAUGCAGUAACGUUACAGUGUACAGCCAGUAAGCAGUUUAGCACCUGCACCAGCGGGCCCCGGAGGCAAUACAUUUGUAAAACCAAAAUCUUACCUUGACUUGGAAGAGUUCCAGUGUUUUGUUGGAUAGUCAUAGCCAGCUAGCUAACAUAGCAUCCCUCUGUUCGAGAAGAGUAUUUAAGCAGGCUAAACUAGCUAGCUGCAUAGGCUAUCUAAGUAAGUGAAAGUGAAAAUGACUCUUUCUUGCUUCUAUAUUUUGGAAGAAAUUACUUUGUUCAAAAUUGUUCAACUAUUGUCUUUCUCUCUUUGAGUCAACUACUCACCACAUGUUAUGCACUGCAGUGCUAGCUAGCUCUAGCUUAUGCGUUCAGUACUAAAUUCAUUCUCUGUCUCUGAUCCUUUGACUGGGUGGACAACAUGUCAUUCAUGCUGCAAGAGCUCAGAUAGGUUGGAGGACAAGUCAAUGUACCCAGAGGAGGAUGGACCAUGGUGCUACACCAUGGUGCUACCCUACAGAGUGCUGUUGAGGCUACUGUAGACUUUCAUUGCAAAACUGUGUUUUAAUUCAUUAUUUGGUGACGUGAAUAGUAUAGUUUUAUCUAAUUCAUUCAAUUUUAUGAAAUUCACUGAGGAUGGUCCUCCCCUUCCUCCUCUGAGGAGCCUCCACUGAUGGAGAUGUGGCUUUACUAUGAUGGUGCAUACUUCUCCCUUAGGCCUUGUGUAGGAAGUGUCUCUUGUACUCCAGUUGUAUGUAUGAUACAGUACUUGACAUCAUGCUGAUUAUAGAUUUUCAGAUAUACUGUAUCUGCACACAUCCAAACUGAAACUAGUUUGUUAACAUGUCCUGAGGCCUUUUUUGUGUGUUCAUGACGUCCAGUGUAGAUCGUUUUUGUUGUGAAUUGAAAUGUGUAGCACAUUCCAUGGUUCGUUUUCUAUAUUCAUUCUGGGCUUAUGUAGUUUGUCUUAAUGAACAUUUCAUCUAGAUUGCACUCAUUUUUAGAGGUUCUUCAGUGGAUGAAAAAAAAACUGCCCACCAUCAAAUUGAGAAAUUGACAUUUGUUUUCAGAUUCACAAUAUUAUUUUGUAUAUGACCCCAUACUUCUAUGGAAUGUGGCUAAAUGUCUAAAUGUAUCAUAAGCUCUCUAGUAAUGUGUAUUACUGUGUUUUCUCUGUUGGAAAUCGAAGAGGAGAGUGAGAGAGAGCAUCCAAUUCUGACUAACCACUGCAGAAAGAAAGCAUUUACAAGGCAUAUUUUUUCAGGAACAUUCUCUCUGCUGGUGCGCCAAUACAGUGGCAUGUACGCUGGUGAUACACGUCAAUCUUGUCUUAACUAAACAUUCUUCUCUAACCUUAGCUUCAUCCUCUCCCCUAGUUGUCGUUGAGAGAGAGAGAUAACGAUAACCAUGCUAACAAGUCUUAUAGUCUUUUCUUACUAUACUCUACCAACCACUGUGGAUGGCUACAGAUGUAGGAUUGAAAUUUGAUCACCCUGUUGCCGGAGAACUUUCCUGAAAUGCAGGAAAUGUAAACCUUGUAGUGUAUUUGGGGUAAAAUAAAAUAAAAAGUCCACUUUAAAAAAAUGUAUCAAUCUCUACAAUACUGUCCAUUAAUUAUAAUUCACAUAAUUCACAUUUCCUGUUGCUGCAGGACUACUUUUGUGCUGUAGCAAACUGGUUCAAAUAAAAAUAAAAAUCUGUAUAUGUGUGUAGGAGGCCAUUGGCAGUUUUCAAUAUUCAUUAUUGUUUGUACUAACUAUUUGUUUUGGGGUGGUUGUUUUCAAGACUCUGGGCAAUGUUUGCCCAUAAGAUCCCCUCAAAGACUUGUAUAAAACGAAAUAUAAGUAACCACCAUUAUUCAUAUUCUCGUAGAACAGUGCCUGUGUUCUUUGUCUCGUAGUACACCGGUGGGUAUCUGUUGUCUAUGAAGUAAUGUUAGAGAAAGUGUGUUGAAUACUGUACAUUACCUUUCCUGUAAAGACUUCCAGGGGCCUAUGGGCAACACUCUUAUUGUCUUAGUGACAAGUGGGCCGCUCCUCUUGAUUUCCUUUAAAAUUGUCCUUUUUAUGCUCUAUUUCUUAAAGUCACUGUAAAUAGAUACUCAAUACCAAAAUACAUCACGCAUGUGCCUUGAGUCAAGUAUUGGUAGCCUUCACUAACUGGAGUUAAGAAUAACAGAGUCUUUUUUUCAUACUUUUUAUUUACCUUGUGUUAAUUUUUUUCCUACAUAUUUCCUAUGUAUGUAUAGAAAGAAUGUCUAUUUUGUACUGUUUUUCUCUUCAUUAAAUUUUUUUUAUUGUCA